UGAGGGGGUAAUAAAUUUCAGUUGACACCUCCAAACACAUACAUAAUAAUCCACAAGAAAAAUAAAAAAAUAACUCCUCACAAAUACAACACAAAACUUAGAAGAACUGAGAUGGAAGAUCUGUCGUUUGAUGAGCAAAGUCUGAUCUACGGAGCCUUCCGCAUCCUGGACAAGGAGAGCGAAGGAGCCAUCACAUCCAAGGAGUUGGCGGUGGUGAUUCGCUCGCUGGGUCGCCAGCCCAACGACACCGAGGUCCAGGCUAUGAUCAACGAAGUGGACUCGGACGGAAACGGCACCAUCGACGCUGAGAAAUUCAGCACCGUGAUCGUGCGCAAGCUGAAGGACACGGGCCACGAAGACGAACUCCGCGAAUCCUUUCGCGUUUUCGACAAGGAGAACAACGGAUAUAUAAGUAUCACCGAACUAAAGACAGUUUUCACGGCGCUGGGCGUUAAGUUAGGCGACGACGAGUUGGAGGAAAUGAUACGGGAGUAUGAUCAGGAUCUGGACAAUCAUAUCAACUACGAGGAGUUUGUUAACAUGAUGACAACGCGAUAGCAUCUAAAUUGCAGGCAAUAAUCUUUGAUCCAAUUGUCAUUGUGUAGUUUCGGAUUAUUGUUUGAAGGAGUUGACACCAAACAGGCCAGGAAAAUCAAAACCACUUCCAAAACUGAAAAAAUAUUA